ACAGAUGUCACGAGCUCAGAGGUUCUGAGCGUUGAGAAAGUAGAUCUCUGCCUGGACGACAACCAUGAUAAUCACCACACUAGUCACUUCUACUCGGCAACUGAAAAGGAAGCCCUAAUCGUGAGGAGAGGAGAGCCUUUCAGGCUAAAGAUCCAUUUCAACAGAGACUACAGCCCCAGCAAGGAUGCAAUCAGCUUCAUUUUCACGGUGGCGGAUGACACCAAGCCCAGUCCUGGUCACGGGACACUCAAUGCCCUUGUUCCCCAUGAUGGCAUCGAUCAUUUGGGGGACACUCUGGAAUGGGGGGCUGGCAUCGAAUCGCAUGAAGGUCAAACACUUACCGUGCUGAUCAAACCGCCCUCCACCUGUCCUGUGACAGAGUGGAAGUUGGACAUCGACACAAAGCUGCUGGGAGACGGAUCGAGGAGUUAUCCCCUCCCUCUGCCCAUCUAUGUGCUCUUCAAUCCCUGGUGUCCGGAUGAUCAGGUCUAUCUCGAGGACCGUGACCAGCGCAAGGAGUACGUGAUGCACGAUACCACUCUCAUUUGGAGGGGAUCCUACAACAGACUGCGGCCCUCGGUUUGGAAAAUCGGACAAUUCGAACGUCAUGUGCUGGAGUGCAGCUUGAAGGUCCUGGGAACUGUGGGCAGGAUUCCGCCAGCCUACAGAGGUGAUCCAGUAAGAGUUGCUCGGGCUUUGUCCGCUCUGGUGAACUCGGUGGAUGACGAUGGUGUCCUACUGGGAAAUUGGUCGGAAGAUUUCUCCGGUGGUGUGGCGCCCACCAAGUGGACCGGAUCUGUGGAGAUACUUCAGCAAUUCCACAAAACCCAAAAAACCGUGAAGUUCGCACAGUGCUGGAAUUUCAGCGGUGUCCUGGCCACCAUCGCCAGGAGCUUGGGAAUACCGGCUAGGAUCAUCACAUGCUACUCCUCCGCUCACGAUACCCAAGCCUCCCUGACCGUGGAUGUUUUCAUAGACUCGAACAACAAGAAGUUGGAUGCGGAGACCACGGACUCGAUUUGGAACUACCACGUGUGGAACGAGCUUUGGAUGCAGCGACCAGACUUGGGCACUCCCAAGUCUGGUCGCUGCAUCCAAAGCUCGCCCACUGGCCAGCAUGGCACCUUCGAUGGCUGGCAAGUGGUGGACGCCACUCCGCAGGAGGCCUCCGAUGAUAUGUAUCGAGUGGGUCCGGCUUCAGUUUCGGCAGUGAAAAACGGCGACAUUCUAAGACCUUUCGAUGGUGGCUUUGUCUUCGCGGAGGUGAAUGCAGAUAAGCUCUACUGGCGCUACAACGGACCUAGUCAGCCGCUGAAGCUCCUAAGAAAGGAUACCCUGGCUAUAGGACAUCUGAUCAGCACUAAAGCAGUUCUCAAAUGGGAGCGAGAGGACAUCACUGAUACCUAUAAGCACGCAGAGCGUUCGGAAGAAAAAAGAAGCACUAUGCUCAAGGCCCUCAAGCAAUCCCGACAUGCCUUCAGUAGAUACUACUUGAACGACAAUUUUAAUGACAUAGAGUUCGAUAUGGAGCUAAAAGACGACAUUAAGAUUGGGGAGAGCUUCAGUGUGAUCCUGAAGGUGACCAAUAAAAGCGAUAGUCGCACCCACCUGGCUACGGGUCAAAUCAGUUGCGAUGCCGUCCUGUACACCGGAGUUGGUGCAGUGGAGGUCAAGACCUUGGGCUUCGAACUGGACCUGCAGCCCGAGAGCAGCGAAUACGUUCGCAUGGAGGUUAUCUUUGAGGAGUACUUCGACAAGCUGUCCUCGCAGGCCUCCUUCCAGAUUUCCGCUGCCGCCAAGGUUAAGGACACCGACUACGAUUACUACGCCCAGGAUGAUUUCCGAGUGCGCAAGCCGGACAUUAAGUUCCAGAUGGGGGAGACUGGCAUCGUGGCCCAAAAGGAGCUGGAUGUUAUUCUGCGCUUAGAGAAUCCGCUGCCCAUUCCUCUGCACAAGGGUGUGUUUACAGUGGAGGGGCCGGGCAUCGAGCAGCCUCUGAAGUUUAAGAUCGCCGAAAUUCCGGUAAAUGGCAUUGCGGCCGCUACCUUCAAAUACACCCCGCCCUAUGCGGGGCGUGGCACAAUGCUGGCCAAGUUUACUUCCAAAGAACUGGAUGAUGUGGAUGGCUAUAAACACUAUGAAAUUGAGCACCGACCGGAGGAUCUGCUGCAACCCAAUGGAAGCCACCGAAGGAGCAACAUCAUCCGCAGACGCACCGAUGUUAUAGCCUAAACUAACCCUAAUUCCAAUGAAUAUCGUUUUGUAAAUCGUAGGUUAAGUGAUACUGAAAUACUUUAAAUACAUAUUAAUUUUUGAUAUUUAAGCCAGUCUCGAUCUUGGCAAAACAUGAGCAAAGAAA